CUUGUCUGUACAUACCUACUCCGUACACAGAUACAGCAUACACUUACAGUAGUGGGUAGUGUGUAUGCACCAGUCUCCACUACUCCACUCCGACCCAUCCCAUGUCGUCCCUACAAUACAGUACGCCGCUCGCGCGCAGGUAGGACGUGCAGCCCAUGCCCUGCCCUGCCAUGCCAUGCCAUGCUUCCCGCGGCUGCACUCGACCGUCUGGGACGCCCGCCUAGCUUUGGCCUUUGGCCUCUGGCUUUUGGCUUUGUCAAAGAACGAUCAGCCGAACGAGGCCAGCAUCUAUGCACCUAUGUUCUGUCCGAAGCGCGACCCUUCCCCGUCCCUUUCCCUUCCACCCUUCCACCCUUCCAACCUUCUAUUCCCUUCUCCCCUGUCCUUGUCGGCCUUCUAUGCUUCCCAUCUUCCGGGGCACUCGCUGGCCCCGUGUCAUGGCUGUCAUCCACCAUCUGCAGGUGUAGACAGGGGUGCUUAAGAGAAGAUCUGUGAGCAGAAAUCGUAACGAACGAUCGAGGUUAUUACUGGAGGAUCUCCGCCGAGCUGCUCAGAGCUCCUCUUUCUGCCCUCCUACGUUGAGUGUUGGUGUGCUGUUGCUGUCGCGCUGCUGUGGGUGCUGUAACCGCUCAUCACAAACGCCCGCAUUCGCCUCGUAGUCAUCAUCUCGACCUUGACAUCUCCACCAACUUCUUUUCACCCUCACCAACAUCGAUUCUCGAAAUCUCGAAAUCUCUCCGCCUGCGCCCUGCGCCGUGGCUACGCCUAGAGACC